GCGUAUUCAUGUUAGCGACCGUUGAGCGCGUUUGCAGAUCGCAACUUCUUCCUUGGGUUCCAAGGACUCAUGUGGUCAAACGUGCCGACUUUUGUGCGGGCCAAGCCUAUAAAUUCAGCCACCCCCUUUCGCUGAAAGAACCCUCUGUUCUCCUCUCGCCAUGGUCUCGUUCAACAUCUUGGCGGGCGGUUAUGACCUCUUCAUUGCGUCGUAUCUCUUCAACACUACUAACUCGUCUCUGACGCUCACCGCCAAAUACCCGUCUGGCGCGAAUCCGUCAUGGAUCACUCCGCAUCCAACGAACAGCAGCAUCCUAUACGCGACGAACGAGUUAUCGCCUGGCGCACUGCAGGCCUUUGAUCGCCAAGGUGGCACGCUUUCUGCUGCCGUGUCGACCGUCACAUCCGAAGGAGACAACCCCGCAUUCUGCGUGGCCCUCUCCACGGGUGCCGUGGCAAUCAUGAACUACUCCGGUGGAAACGGCCGCAUCAUCCUCACUGGAUCACAGCACGACCGAUUGGCCAACAGCACCCCCGCGAUUACUUUUACUCCUCCUCCUGGGAAUGUGUCUCACCCGCACAUGGCGCUGGAGUACAAGAAAGAGAUCUUUGUCCCCGAUCUGGGAUCGGACAUGAUCUGGCGGCUCAGCCCUGGAAAAACGGCUGGGGAUUAUUCCGUUACUGGAUCCAUCCCACAGCCGGCCGGUAGCGGACCCCGACACAUCAGGAUCAGCAACGACCGGCUCUAUGUUCUGCACGAACUGUCCUCAACGCUCACGGUCCAAGCGAUCCCGUCCGCGCCAAACGGCACGUCUCACAUCAUCUCGUCCGCUUCGAUUCUCGCACCGAAUCCACCUGCCGGUGCUCUCUGGGCUGGCGCCGAGAUCCUGAUCCCUCCACCUUCCGCUCAAUUCCCAAAACAAUACAUCUACGCAUCGAACCGCAACACCGGCGUCCAGGCACCCGCCGGCGAUUCGAUUGCCAUUUUCGAGAACGUCGGGCAAGGCACGUCCCGCGAGCAUCUGCGCCUGGUGAAACAUGUGUUUACAGGCCUGGAUCAAAUCCGGGCGAUGCAGUUCGGUGGCGAUCACAACGAGUAUCUCGUCGCUGGCGGAGUAGCUGGGUCGGCUGGGAUCGUCAUAUACGAGCGAGUAAAUGGGGGGAGCGACCUGAGAGAGGUUGUGCGGAACACUGAUAUUCCUACUCGCACAAGUUUUAUCUGGUACAAGGUCUAAUUCGCAUAGUUUACGGUUCUAAUUCUCUAAUACACCCGAGAAAGCUAUUUGUCAAAGACCAGGCGCCCAAGACCAGGCGCCCAAGACCGACCCUGACGGCCUACGCGGCGGAACCAUUCUGGAAUCAGAGCUCGCGUGGGAACACAGCUUAGUCAUCACAGCUUCAAGAGCCACCUCCUCACCCCCGUGAUUGUCCCAGCAUACCAUCGAAGAAUCAGCCUUUUGAUGCAAGAAGAGUUCAAGCCUCGUCGCAGCAAGUCCCAGGGUUGAAACUGACAAGCUGUCUAAAUGGUAGCUUCUGCUCCCUCGGACGCACUUGCUCUUUGAUCUUGGCAGCAUAUGCGAGGCUCAUGUGGUGGUUUGUUGGUUUGCUGAGCUGAUUGCCUAUCUGGUGCCUUGUCACCAAUCCUUCAAAUAGCCGCUCGCGAUUCCAAUGUCUGGGUCAAUGGUCGGUUUUAAUAUCCUUGCUGGGGGCUUCGAUGUCUUCAUCUCCUCGUAUCUGUUCACCCCGGGGAACGCGUCGCUGACGCUCAGUGCGAACUAUCCUUCCGGAGCCAACCCGUCGUGGAUCAGCGGGCAUCCGAGAGACAGCAGCAUACUCUAUGCGGUGAACGCCAAUGUCCCGGGAGCCGUGCAGUCGUUCCACCGCAAAGGAGGCGUGUUGUCUGCCGCAGUGGACAGCGUCUGGUCAGGUGGAGACGGGCCUGCGUUCUGUGCAAUCAUGCCGUCCACCGGCGACCUUGCUGUCGUGAAUUACGGGAGUGGCACGGGCCGGGUGAUCGUGACCUCGGAAUCUUCUGCAUCGCACUUUCUGAACAACACGCCCGCGAUCACGUUCACUCCGCCGCCAGGAAAUCUCUCGCACCCGCACAUGGCAGUGGAGUAUGGGCACGAGAUUUUCAUCCCAGAUCUUGGCUCGGAUAAAGUGUGGCGGCUCAGUCCAGACAAGAAGGAAGGCGUCUACUCGAUCACGGGAUUCAUUCCCCAGCCUGGAGGAAGCGGGCCGCGCCACAUGGCUAUUGCAAACAACCGCCUCUACGUCGUGCACGAGCUUGCAUCGACGCUCACUGUGCAAGCCAUCCCCCGCGCGCCGAACGGCACCGCAAGCAUCAUCGACUCCGUGUCCAUUGUCCCCCCUGGUGUUCCCGCUGGUGCCCUGAUGGCCGGCGCCGAGGUUCUGAUCCCCAGGCCGUCGCAUCGGUUCCCGAGACAGUACAUCUAUGUGUCGAACCGUAACAAGGGAGUCCAGGCGCCCACCGGUGACUCAAUCGCGAUCUACGAAAACGUGGGCGAGGGAACCCCGGAGGAACAUCUGGAGCUGGUCAAACAGGUCUUCACUGGCCUGGACCAGGUGCGGGGAAUGAUGUUCGGGGGCGACGACAGCGAGUACCUCGUCGCGGGAGCAGCAGCUGGCACGGGCGGCAUUGUGAUGUACGAGCGAGUCGACGGCGGACGAGACCUAAAGGAGAUCGUCCGCAACACUCAAGUCCCCACUCGAACGAGUUUCGUGUGGUACAAAGUAUGAUACCGAUACUCACUAAUAUAAGUAAUAUCCUCUUCAUACACGUCGCUUUCUCCCAGUAGACGCCCUCGUCUUCGUCGUCGGUUUCUCCUCCACGGAUGCAGAGCUUAACCGCGACGACCUUCUCCUGGCCGGCGCUGGCUGAACAACAGGCUCUGGAAGAGGUCCAACAUCAUCGUCCUCAUCUUCCUCGACCUCUGAAUCCAUCAGCGAUCCAGGCAGACUCCGGCCCAAGUCCUUGGUCUUGACACGUGACCGGGUCUUGGCCUUGGGAGCAGCUUUGGUUUUCGCAGCGGUUGAUCUACGUGAGGCUUUCGGCGGUGGCGGGACCGGUUCAGAGACAUCGGCUUCGGCUUCGUGCUCGUCAUCGUCGCUUGUAAAUGCGCCAGGCGGCGCACGUUUCAUCGGAAUCGUCUGCGGGGUCACGGUCGGAGCUGGUGCAGUCACCACUGCAGGUGGUUUCCCUUGGAACACCGAGUACGAAAGGCUUUGAUCCCCUUGCUCGGUUGCUUCGGGCUCAAUUUCUUCUUCGUCCAUCUCCACAUCCUGGACUCCAGGCACACUUCCGCUUGUCGGUUGCACUGGAACUUGCUCGAAUACCAUCGGCGAUGAUGUCUGCAGUGGCGGGGGCUUGUAGAACGCAUUUUGAACUCGGUUGGCCGAGGUGAAGACCGACGGAGAGCCAGACCCACUGGCCGAUUGGAACAACGCCGGAAACACGGUCGUCGAUCCGUUCAGCGAUUUCCUCGGCGCGGCAGCUUUGGGGGUCGCGAACAAAACUGGAACAGGAAUGUCCACAGGGUGUGUCCUCGACUGAGACAAUCCAAGCUUGGAUGCAGAGAGGACAGUCUCUGGCACCACCGGCUUCGCUGUCGGAGCGGCCACAGGCAUGAUCUCCUCCCAGGACAUGCUCAUGUCCCAUUCCCGAGUAUUGGCAGGCCCCAAGUCACCGCUCAGAGAUGCGAUCAGUCCAGGUCUCGUGUCAGGAUCCAAAUCCAAUUCCAGACUCGCUCGUUCAACUUGGGGCAAGGCGGCCAACAAGUCCUGCACCAUUUUCGCACGUUCCCUCUGCAGAGCAGACUUGCUGGACGACGCCGAGGAGAACUGGCGGUCUAGUUUGAUCGUUUCAGCGUAGCGUCCGGCUUGGAUGUGGCGGACACAUAAUAGGUUUUGAAGUGUUUCGAGAGCCUCGGCCGGCAGUUCAGAAGGUGGAGUAGCCAGUUGCACAAGCGCAUUUUUUCGUACGGAGGCUAGGGCAAUAAUCACUAUACUAACCUGGGACGGAACGGAUGUUUUUCACUGAAGGUCCGCUGAUAUCUCCACGCCUCGACGAGGCUGACCUCUGCAAGAGCCAAUGUGUACAACUCGAUGUCAUGAGGCUCGGUCAGAGAAGGCUUGGCGGUGCGCACGUAUUUGAGCACAUAAGAUGGGGAGUUCGGCAUUAAUGAGAUGGCCUGGAUAAUUUUUGUGGCGUAGUCCGUGUUCAGACGAGCGUCCGAGAGGAUGGAAACAGCGCGCUGAGAGUUGUUUAGUAGCCACCCACAUCGAAACCAUGCUGCCGUCAACAAAACGCACCGGCACGUCAACCCCAGAAUCCAAGCUCCAAUAUGCAUCCGACAAAGCCGUGAAUUGUGAGGGAAUACACCGGUCGAACUUGAACCGUUCCUCGCGACCGUCCUGGUACCACUUGAGCAGGAAAUACACAAGGCAGUCUCGCUUCAACGCGUCAUAGCGCGAAGACUGGAUGGCUUCAAACAGGCGGUAGAAAGUCUCUGUGUCUCGGGGCGGGUAGAGUGUGUCGGGCUCGCGUAUGCCGCCAGACGUUAAUAGGAUGUCGAAGAGAAGAAGAUCUCCCAGCUCAGCGCGUCGUUGUUCGAUUUGUUGUGCCCGUGAAUCGCGCCAGGGAAAGACUUCGGGAGUCAAGUCGAAGUAUGUUUUCACGGUACCCAUUGCGGUCGAGGGGCGGUCGAGAGGAGAAGGGAUUAUUGUUCGCAGUGCGAAC